AUGGGCAGGAGUCAGAGUAAAAGACAGAGGGAAGAGAAUGGGAAAAGCCCAAUCGACCCUAAUAGCCCGUUGGGCCAGGUGUUGAUCCAGUGGGAUGAGGACUAUUUGAGGAAAUUCACUAGGAGUUUGAUGAAGGUGACUAUGAUUAACUUUUGCAGGAACAUCUGGCCAAAAUAUCCAAUAGGGCCAGAAGGUGCAUAUACUUGGGAUCCAGAGGGGGAGACGGAUAGGUACUGGAUGACCCAGUUGAAGAAUUAUUUGAUACUUAAUAAGAAGGAAAAGGAGAAACCAUAUCUAGAAGUAUGGUUCCACGCCCGGUUCUACGGACCGGAUCCCCCGCCCGUUAGUCAGUUUCCCCUGAGGAAGAAGGAGGAAGAUUCAGAUGAAGAAACACGUCCUGCUCCCUCUGCCCCUCCCGUAGUUGCGCAACGGUCGCCAAGCCCGCCGGCACACCCGGCAGUCACGAGUCCCCCGGGUAAUGCCCGGCUGGAGAGGGGUCAGACAUCCCCGGGGAAUCAGGACGCUGGGGAGGGAGUUAGUGGGAAGGAGCCGAAUCAGGAAAUUUGUUCACCGCCACCUUAUCAACCACCGAGUAGGGAAGUGCAACAAUUAGAGAGGGAUAUACAGAAUCUCCCUUUCCCGGAGGGAAAGCCCCGCGGUUCCCCCUUGGUUGAGGCAUUCCGAAAGUAUAGAGGAAGGGAGGGUUGGGGACUCUCACGGACGGAGGACCCAGGAGACUCUCCCGUUCAUACUUUCCCCCUUAGGGAGACCCCCGGAGGGAUAAAUGCACACGGAAAUCCAGUUAUGGUAUACGUGGUCAGUCCCAUCAAGCCAUCAGAACUCAGGGAAUUGAAACAGACACUGCCCAAAUUGCAUGAGAACAGUCAGGAGGUCGCGAACCUCCUCCAAAUGUGGAUGGGACCUCAUAUAUACACAUACACCGAAUUGAUGUAUAUAUUGGGGCAUUUGUUUACCCCAGAAGAGAAAGCAAUGAUUAGGAGGGCAGCAAUGCAGUACUGGGAAGUUAAGGAGGAUCAACGGGUCGCCGCGCCAGUACCGGGUCAAGGUGCACAACAGGUGGUUCCAUCGGAGACCAAAUUUCCCCUAGGGGACCCGAAUUGGGACAUAAACGAUGCAAAUCAUCGGACUCAUUUGAUAGAUCUGAAGGAGAUGAUUUUGGAAGGAAUUAGACGGGCUGUACCCCAAAGCACCAAUCUCACCAAAGCUUUUGAGGUCAAUCAAAUGAAAGAGGAGUCACCGGGUGACUUCAUACAAAGGAUUAGAGACCAUUUGACUAAGUAUUCAGGGGUGGCCCCAGAUUCACCGGCGUUUGACAAUCUGCUAAAGAUGCAAUUCGUAACCAAGGCAUGGCCCGAUAUUCAAAAGAAAUUGCAGAAAAUGAACUGGCAAGACGCCGCCAUCAUAGAUCUAGUAAGGACAGCGCAGCAGGUUUACGUCAACAGGGAGGCAGUAAAAGUAAGCAGAAGUGCCAGAUGA